CCGGCUUCCUGUUGAUGAGUAGUUUCCCCUAACAAUAAUGCGCAUGGAGAAACCAGUCUGUUUUUAACAAUAUUUUCUGAAAUUGUUGAAGCACUCGGUACACAUUGAGUAAAAUAGUUCCACCCACAAUGGCAGAAAGUAGCCUAGAUGAUUUUUUUGCAAAGAAAGACAAAAGUAAAAAGAAAGCCAAAGCGAAAACAGUUGGUGAUGUGGACACAGGGCUGAAGUCAACAAAGAAGGAGAAAAAAUCAAGAGAGAAGGACAAACAGUCAUCAUCUGGUGGUGUAUCAAGCUUAACCUUAAAUCCACAGGAAGAUGAGGAGUGGAAAGAUUUUGAGGAAGAAAAAGAGAAAGAUUACUCAGGACUUAGAAUUCAAAAUUUACAAAUUACCAAAGAGUUUGAUGAACGAGAUGCUGCUGAGGCUGAUGACAAUGGAGAUGAUGAGGAUGGUGAAAAUAGAGACAGGCGAGACGGCGCCUCAGGUCCAUGGAAUAAAUCAAACGUUCAGACAGGGUCAACAACAACAGCCGUUAGUGUGCCCCAACGAGCAGAAGUUGAGAAAGAAGAGCCAGCCGCCAAGACUCCAGCCAGAUAUGUACCCCCUGCUCAAAGACAUGCGGCACAGACAAGCAGCACUCCUCAUUUUCCAAGUUCUAGAAAGAAAAAAGAAGCACCAAAUGUCAACAGUGAAGAGGAUUUCCCUACCUUGGGAGGAGGACCAGGCAAAGGGCAACAGUACAGCAGCACAGCAACUGGGGACCUGAUUGAAAACCCACAUCACAGGAAAGGUGUGAACCUUACAUUGGAAAACAAAUUUUCAGCCUUGCAAGAUUGACGCUUGUACAAUUAGAAGAACUAAUUGAUUUCUGUGUUACGACCGACUGAGCUUUCAUGCUGACUAGUGCUCUGCCUUGAAAUCAACGUGACGUCUGCUCCAUGGGCUAGUUGUCAUCUGCCAUGUGGUCUGGCUAAUCUCUUUUAUCUAUUUGUAAACUGUCUGUUUAUGUUUGAAAUGUAAAUUUUUUUUUAAACAUUCAUUAGAAUGCUAUUGUUGGGAAAACUGACUUCCGAGAUUUGAAUUAGUGCUCUACAUUUAGAUUUUUUGGUGAGGAGCUGUUCAGUGAUCAUCUCUUUGACAUUAUUGUUCUAAAGGUUUGGCCCAUUUAAAAAAAACAAACAUAUAAUCUUUUACAUUCAUUUAUCACAGAGUAGAAUAGACCAAUUGAUUUGCUUUUAGUUACAUAAGCUUUAACUUCAUGAAGAUUUCAAGGUCAGAUCACAACAAAAUUAUGUACACAUGUUCAUGUCAUUGAUUUUUCUGUCUGAGAGUAGAUGAAAGUUGGCAAGUGUUUCUAAAUUUGAAUUUGUUUCAUAACUUUCUCAGAAACUUUCCAUCAAAGAGGGGGGGAAAAGAUUAUUUGACAGUUCUGCCUUAUGAAAGUUGUAAAAUGUUUGCAGGUAAAGGAAUCAUUACACUUAAUACAGCUCAAUCAUGUGAAAGAUUAGUAGUGUUUUUCAAUCUUCUCAACUGCUGAAAAUUACAAGAAAAAUUCAAAUGAUUUUUUAGGCCAGUGAAUAAUACAUUUUUUGGGUACGUUUUAUUUUUAGUAUUAUUUUCUAGAUCCAGAUUUGUUAUAUUUUUUUUCUUGCUGAUCAUAUUCUAAUAAUAGUGUUCUUAUCAGUAUCUUCACAAAUCUUAUUGUUUUUAAUUUUUACAAGAAAAAGAUUGUCAGUUUCUAUGGUAACUGAAUUCCUUGUAUGAAAUGUCCCCUCUAUUUCAUGAAGUAAUAAUAAAAUAUGUGAAAUAACAAACAAAGGCAGCUGUUUUUUUUUCCCCCAGUUAUUUUCUAGUCUUUUUUUGUUUUUGUUUUGCUUUUUUUUUUGUUUUUGCUUAUGCAGUGAAAGAUUUUAAAAAAAUGGACCUGUUUCCUCAAAACUUGAUACACUUAAUUAUGUUGAGUAAGUGAUCAAUUUACUGUUUAGUUCAUUUACACUAUAGAAGAGCCAAGUAGCGCUCGAUUUUAAAGUUUACAUAGCAUGGACAAAAAAUGUUUAGAAAAGUUUUCAUGCUAAAAAAUACAAUGCUAGUUUAGAAGUUUAUGAAGUCUUAGAAAUCCAUUGGAAACUUUCAAAUAUUUAAUUUUUUUUUAGAAUGAAUAUUACUUUUCUAGUUGUGGAAGAUUUUUCUCUUUUAAGCUUUGGGACUUUUGCUUGAAAAGAUUUUUUAUGGCUUUUUUUUUUUAUACAUGUCAGAAUCUGAAGUAAAAAAAAAAAAAGUAUUUUAUCCAAACGUUUUAAAGUUAACAUGCUACUUUUGGUUUAGUUUUUAGAAUAUCUCUAACUAUAAACCAUUGACACAAGAUUGAAAUUUAGAUGGUUGUAUUUAAUUAUAUAUAUAAAUAGUGUAAUAGAAUAUCCUUCUUCAUUGCUGAAUUUUAAAUUAUUACCUUAGUAAGUAGUUUGGAAUUAUGCCAGCACAAUCAACAAUCUGACAUCAAAUUUUAGUAAAAUAUUCUUUUUGACCUUUAAACCUGCACUCACCAGGUUUAGGAAGUUGGGUCUGAUUAUGUUAGAAUUUAGAAAAAUUAGAAAUGGCUGACUGGUCAUGUAGUAUGCGCUCUGGACUGUCGUUUAGUGGUGGUCCUGGGUCCGAACCUCUGCCUGCUGCCAUUCCCCUCAUCCUGCAGGAGGUUUGGGCUAGGAUGUAAUUAUCUUCAAAUCUGAAGGAACAUCCAAAACAUGUAAAGCAUUUUACAAACAUACGAGUAUAAGAAUUAAAUGUUUUUCUCUGUGGUACACAUGCAUUUCAGAGAGGAAUAUUAAGUUUUGAAUCAUUUGGUUUUUUGUUUUUUAAUGAGAAAGUUGUUUUCAAAUGUUAGCACAAAAAGUGCAAGGAGAUGUUUUUGGAAUUGAUAAGUCGACUUGGUUAGACUAAGAAAAAAAAUAAAGAUCUCAUUAAAAGAUACACAUGAUCAGAAUAGAAACUUUAACAGUAAUUUCUAAUGUUGAAUUAGUGCAGAAGUUGCACAAUAUGAUGAGACAAUAACUGUCUUUAAGUUCAGUUAGCAACAGAAAACAUUGCUGAUUGUAUUAGUUCAAAGUCUCAACUAUUUAUGCAUUAGCAAAAGAAAACAUUGCUGAUUGUAUUAGUUCAAAGUCUCAACUAUUUAUGCAUUAGCAAAAGAAAACAUUGCUGAUUGUAUUAGUUCAAAGUCUCAACUAUUUAUGCAUUAGCAAAAGAAAUCAUUGCUGAUUGUAUUAGUUCAAAGUCUCAACUAUUUAUGCAUGCUACAUUGAUUGAAAUAAAAUGUUCCUCUUUCAA